GCAACAAGGGCUAAUUUGCAUGCAAACAAAAGAACACUAAAAUGGCGGCCAUUUUGGAAUAAGGUGUAUAAGACGUGACUUCGAGAGCAUUUUGGAUUGCAUUGCAGUUUUGCCGUUGAAACCCGCUGUUUACCGACAAGAAUAGUUAUUAUUAUUACUACACUGAAGGAUAAGCUUGUAUAAUCUCACUGUUUACAACACGACACGUACAUCCUCUGUUGUGAGCUGAUUGACUCCGUUCCCUAGUAUGGACAAGACAACAGACGAUACGCCUACAGAAGUCACCUCACCAGAAGUCCCAGUUUCGUUGGCUGAUGAUCAACAUUUGUCAAAUGGAAGGCAGUCCAGUUCUGGUGUGAGCAUUAAAACAGAGUGUGCUGUUUCAAGAAGUAUGGGAGCUUUUGAUGAUCAGACAUUUUCAUUUGCAGCCAUGUGGAAAGAAUCAUUUUCUACUACAGAUGAUGCAUUUAGGAAUAGUCAUUUCUAUGCUGGUGUUUCCGACAAAACUGAGAAUGCAUCUGGUAAAGACUACGUUAGUGAGACAUUGUUUGCAAGUGAGUCAGAAAAGCCAGUUUCCAUAGUGGAUUUCUUAAAUAAAAGUCAAUCUUCUAGUGUGAACACAAAAGCUUUACCAUCCACAUCUUCAUGCAGCAUGGAUAUAUCCGCUAUAGAGGAAACGAUAUCCUUAGUGAAUGACAUGGUAGAGAGAAGUAAGCCUACCUCUGGCCUUGACAGGAAGAACAAAAUUUCUAUGUCUCCAGAGCAGCUUAAACAACCACCAAGGAAAAAGACAAAACUCAGUAGAAGUAUGCAAGUACCAGUGAAGGAUUUGCUUGAUGGAAUUCACACCUCACUGUGUAAACAUGAUUGCAAUUUCAAGCACAAUGCUCUUGUUCUGGCCAUUUGUGUCCCAGACGAUCAUGAGCUAAAAGACUAUCUGGAAAAUCAUUGGAAACGAGUCAUGACAAAUUGCUGGAAAUCAGCUCAGUACUCUAUAGAUCCCAAAUUGAUGACUCAGUUGGUUCAUUUGACAGUGCUGUUUGGUAAAUACAAUUUGCUGAAAUGUUUGCUAAGAGUUCAUGUUGACUGCUCAGGGUUGUAUGUAGAUUCAGCUCAGAAUUCCCCUCUUCACACCAUCUUAAAAUGCACACAUUAUUACAUGCCAUCUUCCUCCCAUCAAGAGAAACUUAUGGCAUUUCAACGCAUUUUGCAUCUUCUUGCAAAGUACAACUGUAAUAUUGUUCUGGUGAGGGACAGGCCUAAUGAAGACACGAUUCUUCAUGUGUGUGCUAAGAAAAUCAACAAACUAACCAAUCAGGUACAGUCAAUACAAUCACAUGGUCAUGAUGAGUUGAAGCUUCAAGGAUUGCUUAAUCAAAGACAGUUAUUAGAAGGAAUUUUCAAAGAAGUGAUCCACACUUUGAAGAGGCUUUCUGCUGAUGGAUCUUUGCAUCACAAUCAAGUCAUUGAAUUGUUUGAUUGUGCAAAUAAUGCAGGAGAAACGAUGUCGCAGAUUCUUAAAGAAGACGAAUCAGCAAGGAAUAACUGUGGAGUUCUUGCCAGUCAGGUAGCAUCAACACUUCACCAAGAAGGAAAUACAGUAUGUACAAAGCAGCAAAAGAUAGUAGCUGAGGAGAACUUAGAGAAUGUAAUGACAGAAGAAAACAUAUCUCAGUUGAGUACUGUUGCUAGAUCUUCAGGUUCAUGUACUGCUCAAAAUGAGAAUACUCAUGUUUUAACUCAAGCAGCUUAUCUGUCUGGUACUGAAGCCUUCUGCACUAACCACUUGUCUGUGGUAACAACUGAGUCUCCAUCAAUGAGGACAACCCAAAUUGUAACAUCAACCCAAAUAGAAAAUUCCACUGGGACCAUUACGUUAUCAACUAACUGUCCAUCUGUCCAGGUGGCCACUGGAUGUCCAAGUCAAUCUUCAUUGACCACUGAAUCUACCUCUUUGUGGCCAGAGCAAACCGUUGAAAAUUCCAUAGAGACCACCAUUCUAUCAACUGAGUGUCAGUCUGCCCAAACGCCCAAUGGAUCUCCAAAGCAAUCUUUAUCAACCACUGAAUCUGCCUUGCUGUGUCCAGCGCAAACUGUCUUAGCAAGUCAAGCAGCAAAUUCCAUACAGGUUACCAUUCUAUCAACUGAGUGUCAGUCUGUCCAAGCACCAAAUGCAUGUCCAAAACAACCCACAUCAACUACGGUAUCUGGUUCAGUAAGGUUACCUCAAACUGUUGUGUCAACUGAAGUGGCAAAUCCCCUUGGCUCCACAACCUUAUUGACUGACUGUUCAUUUGGUCACACCCCUAGUGGAUGUCUGAAACAGUCCAUAUCAAAUGUGAGUGCUGCACCAAUCACAGUGCCUUCUAAAACUUUAGAUUCAGGAGCACAAGCUAUGCAGACCAUGCCAGUGAACACAGGAAGACAGCUGUCAGGGAAACAUACAUUUCUGUGCAGCCAGGACUGCACUUUAAAACAUCACAAGUUGGUAGAGCUUCUGUGUGCUACACCUGAUCACCUUAACACAGAUACAGCAACAGUAGAAGCUGAAUCGUGUGCUGAUCUCAAAGACUACUUAGAGAAAAGCCAUUGGGUCAUUCCGGAGGUAGUUCCUGCCCUUGAGCCAAGCUUGCGUCUCCCCAUUGUUCAUCUUGCUUGCUUUCUUGGGAAACACAAGGCAUUAGAGGUGCUUUCAGAUUUUGGCUUUCACGCUCUCCUUCGCACUGCCAAUACUGAGGAAACCCCAUUACAUAUGACAGUGCAACUGCUGCAUUACCAAACAUCUAACAGCAUCUUUUUGUCUGAUGUUGUCGUGAACAUUGUGAAGACUCUAAAUCAGCACUGUCAUCCCAUUUCUCUGUUCUCAGCCAAGGAUGCGAAAGGGAAUUCAGUGCUUCAUGCAAUGGCAAAAUUGAUCUCAUCAAAUGUUCCUGUGGCAGCUACACUUCUUUAUGUCUACCUCUUUAGAGUGUUUGUCCAUUUUAUACUGAAGGAACGACAAUGUAUCCCAAAGUCUGGGUCCCUUCAGAUUCUGUCAAAUUGUUUGAAGGAUUGCAAUAAAGCUGGUCAAAAUGUCGAGUCACUAUUGCAAGAAAGUAUCCAUGGUGAGCAACUUUUGGAGUACCUCAAUGGCCUCAUGCAAAAAGGCAGGCCAGAAAUGUCUUCUGAAACCAUUGUGGAAGGUAGGAAAGACAGCCAUGGACACCCAGAAGGCCAGCAUGUCACAUGCACUGAUCAGAAACAUGCUGGAACCCAAAGAGAAAUGAGCAAGGAACCCAAGAACCUUGUUGAUUUCAUUCUUUCUGCAGAUUGUAAAAUCAGUAGUGCUUCCAAGAAAAGAAUAGUGGAUUGUUACAUUGGAGAAUAUGAAAGUAGAUUGCAACUGGUAAGGGCAAAAAUGGCCACAGUAAGACAGGAAAUGGCCUCAGCAAAAACAUUGCUGGAACGGAAUAUGAUAGUAGGUGCAAAAUUGCGCAUGAUGGAAUCGGAGGUCAGUUGGAAUGCAAAAAGAAUGAAACUGAGGGAAGGCGAGUUGAAGAAAAAGCAAAGGGAACAGGUACUUCUUCACAAAAGACUUCUGCUUUUGGAAGGACUGCAAAACAUUGUCAAUGAAAGAUAAGUUAGUACAACCUGAGGAUAAUUUUAUGAAUUUACUCCUCUUUCCAAGGGUUUUGAAUCACAUAAAAUGGGGCAAGCCAAAUGUAGGCUACAGCGAGGGUGAGAACACAGGGGUUCCAAUUGAAGAUACCCUAGGUAGAACUAGAGAAUGGAAGUGACAGGGAGAUGCAAAGGAUAUACUUGACAAUGGAAAUUAUGGUACAGUGGAACCUCUGUUAAGGGGACACCCUUGAGACUAAAAGAAAUUCUCCGCAAAAAGUGUUUCCCCUUUACAGUUAGGACCCUUGAACAGUGAACAUUUAGCAUUUUUUGUACAUUUUUUAGGCAGAGUAUUUAGCAAGAUAAAAAGUAAAAACUGUAAAGAAAGUGAUAUAAUUUGAUGAGUAGGCACAAUUUGUUUACCAUAAGCCUGUUCGUUCGUUGUUUACCAUACUUACUCACGAAAGUGCUGUAGGGUUUUGUGCAUAUUUUUAGAUAUGCAUAAUAAGCAUAAAAUUUGCUUAUAAUUUUGCUAAAAUUUUAAGACUUAAUAUUGACCAUUAUGGUUUUCGUGUGUCUGUUAUUGUUUUGGUUUACAUGAUAGCAAGGUUUCUAUUGUUUCCCACUGGUCAUAGCAUACAGUGUAUCCUGGCCAAAACUGAGUCUUAAGUAAUGCGUAGAAAGUACAAGAGUUUGUAUUGGUUCCUUUAACUGAGAAUUUAAAGUUUUUUCUAUUGUUAAUAGCUAAAACACUGAACAAAGUUGAGGAAACAAUGUCCAGCAUUGGACAAAAUUUUUGCAGGUUCUAAUUUUUGCCAUUUUUUGCAUUUUUUUACCACAAAUUAUCCACAGAAAUAAGUUCCUGCAAAUAUUUUCUCCACAAAACAUUUACUCAACUGACAAUAUUAUACAUCCAAACAUCACAUGCAGAAUUUUGGUGUCAUUUAUUUAAAUUGUAUCUUUCAAUUAGAAACAAACCUUGGGGGAUAUGCAUCAAAUGGUAUGGACUGUAGUUUUUGCUGAGCCAUUGCUAGAGCAAUCAGCCACACUAGGGCAAAAUGUAAUUGCAAUGGAGUGAUACUGAGUACUGUGUUUUAUAUCUCUUCAAUUUGUUUCACUUGUUGGUUGCAUGUAGUUGAAUAAAAAAUAAAAAAAUUGUCAUAAUUCGGAUCAAACGCACCUUCCCAACAAAAAUUAAUACCCGGCAAGAAAAACCAGUCUUAAAAGAUUGCAAAAAUUGGUUCCCACUAAAUACAAAAAAAUCGGCGAUCCACAAAAUUAAACUCCUGCAAAAAUUUGUGUCGCAAGGUAUCAUUACAUUUGUGAUAAGGAGUUUAUGUUUGCAUUUGUGGGGAUGACACUCAUCAGAGCCUAAUAAUUAACAGUAAAGAACGACCAAACCUAACACUGUAUAAGAGUUCUGAUUGGUUCAUUCAUUGGAUUUUGGUUAGUUAGAUGAUAUUGCUUUGGACAGACUCUAGAAAGUUACUCUGUUGUAGUUACACUUGGUUACUGUUUCACAUAAUUAUUGUCCAGUAAGUAAUGAAAGAGUCAUGAAAAUUUCAUAGAAAGUGCCCUACUUUUCCCUAGCAUUUCUUUUUCUCUUUUUUUUUUUUUUUUUUUUUUGCAGCGUUCUUCCAGCUGUUUUGUUGCAAAUUAUUUAAUCUGAAGUAAAUUAUUGGAAGACAUACACUUUUUGCUCAGAACCCACCAGUUUAUCGAGAUCUUCAGUUAUAGGUCUACUUAUAGUUCUUGUGCUACUUGCCUAUGGCCCAUAAGUAUAAGUAUAUUGAAAAAUUAAAGAUGAUGAAUAGU